AUGUCAUUAGACUAGCUAUUUCCUCUGCUUAGAUAGUACUUUAUGUAACUAACGGCCAAUCUCUAAACCAUUCAUAGUGGUGACGUGAGGGAAAGGCGAAUACAAUACGUUCAGAAUAUUUAUUGGUGUGUGUGUGUGUAGCAGGUGAGAUGAAUGAAUGAUUAAAAGUGACGGAAGUGGAAGUUCCUUGCCAAAUGUGACAGCCAACAAAGUUUAAUUCGUAAAUUGACAACGUGCAGUAUUAGUGAACAUAUUAGCACAUACGGAAAUACUGUAGAACAAUCCAUUAAAGAACAGUAUUGACAAGUGCCCGAAGAAACAUGGCUUCACAAUACUGUCCAAGAAUGGAAAUUGAAAACUAAGGUAAUGGUGAUUUCAAGUGACCACAGUGCUUGGUUCUAUUCCAUGUGAGGUGAUUGUAAAUUAUGCAAGAUGCGUCUGCCAUCAAUGAGAGUGUGCGUGAAGCUUGGUAUUGCCUUCUGCAUGGGGUUCCUUCUGUUUCUGAUCAACUUUGAGAGCUGUACAAACGGGACGCUCAAUGGCAAAUUACCUAUACAGACAAGACACCAUCAGGGUCACACAUCUACAGCCGAGGUUUAUGAUUUGCAUAGAAAAGAGGACUGUUUGGCAUCAUUUAGUGAAUUAGAGGAGAAAUAUAAAUCACAGAUUUCGGCGUUGAAACAGCAAAUAACUGACCUGAAAGCAGAGUUACUGAAGCAAGCGCACAAGGUGCAAGAAAUCAAUGAGCCUCACAAUCGAAAACUCGCAACGGAAUUAGAACACAAGAAAGUCGAGGAAAACUCUGAGGAUCGUGUUUUGAGCGAUCACAUCAGAGUGCAGAUGGCUAAGAUUAAUGUGAACCGCGCUUUAAAAGAUGAGUACGAUGUGAUGCCAUAUAGCAGUUUAACCACAAAGCUUGUUUAUAGUGUGAACGGCGGCUUAAGUCAUAGACCAUCCGAACGACCAAAAGCGGAUCGAAAAGAGGAUCUAGUUGAAGCAGUGUACUUUGCUAUCAAUCAAUUAAAUUCAAUGAGCAAAACAAAGAAAGACUUCUCGGUAGAUAAUUUUAUAGAUGGAAUAUUCCGAAACGAUCGCAUGAUCGGCACGUUUUAUAACCUGAUCUUCAGGGAUCAUUCAUCUGGGAAUUACCACUCGGCUCAGGUGCUACGGCCAUUUGCGCCAUUACAAAAAGUCAAAGUGAAAGUUAUAGACACUAGUCGUGUAAUGAUCUACCUGAUCGUUCCACUUUCAGGGCGUGUUGACAAUUUCCGUAUGUUUGUGGAUAGACUUAAAGUGAUUUUAGAGAGAGGAGAAAAGAAUAUUUUUAUGACUGUAGUUUACUUUGGACUGGAAGGACUUUCAGAAGUGAAAGACAUUUUGAAUAAAUUGACUGAAGUAACAAGAUUCGAUAAUUAUCAGAUUGUAACAGCCAAAGGGGAGUUUUCAAGAGGGGCGGCGUUACAGGAAGGGGUGAACAAUUGGGAAGGGGGAGAUGUCUUAAUGUUUUUCUGUGAUGUCGAUAUUGCAUUCACCCCCGAGUUUCUGGAACAUUGUCGUUAUCACACGCUACCAGGAAAAUCUGUUUAUUAUCCGAUUGUAUUUAGCUUAUAUAAUCCAGAUGUGGUUUAUGCAAACCACGAAUCUAUACCGCCACUUGAUCAGCAGUUCCAUAUACGUAAAGAAGCUGGUUUCUGGCGAGACUUUGGUUUCGGCAUGACCUGCCAAUAUAAGUCUGACUUCUUGCGAAUUAAAGGUUUCGAUCUUGACAUCAAGGGUUGGGGUGGUGAGGACGUUCAUCUUUAUCGCAGGUAUUUACAGUCGAAUCUAAAAGUGGUCCGUGUACCCGAUCCUGGAAUAUUCCAUAUCUACCACCCAAAAAAGUGCAAUACAGAUUUGACAGCGGAUCAGUACAGAAUGUGCAUCAACUCGCAAGCUUUAAACGAAGCUUCUCAUGUACAAUUAGGUAUGCUGGCAUUUAAGGAAUACAUUAAUCAGACAAUGCUGCAACAAGCCUACGCUAAACAGACUGCACACGAAUUAGAGAAGCAGAGAGGCUAGUAAAUUUUUAAUCCAUCCUAAAAAAUAUUUUUUGUUCCUAGAUUAAAUAAUUUUAGAAAAUUGAAAGUGGUAAUCUCAUGAGUUUACAUCAUAAUUUUGAACCCAAGGUAUUCUAUGCUCUUUUAAAUGUUAACAUCCUGAAACGUUCAUCCAGUGAUUCGCUGUGAUGAAGAAUGUAAACUAUUAGCAUUCGCUCAAUACAUUGCUUGGUAGUGGGGAUCUGGAUCAGAGUCGCUGCGGCUAUUACUUUCUGCGUAUCUGAAUAUAAUUGCAAUUUACACGGCAGAGUAACGCUGCUUUGACAUUUGGUGGGAGGGUAAUUUUUUUCUCAUGUUUAUUCUGUUUAAGAGACACUGCACACCCAUGGCCGGAGUUGUGCACAUUAGUAAUGUAUAUUGUACGAGUAAUAAUAGGAAAGAAUAUAGAUUGUCCAAAGGUCAUUGACCUUUAGACUCAAAAUUCUAUCAAUUCCAAAAUAAAUUGUUACAAAUUCAAUGACACUUAAAGCUUAGACACUAAUUUGGAUGAUGUAUAAUCAAUUUGAAAUCUGGAAUUGAUAAAAAUUAGUAUAUGAACUGUAAGCUCAGCAUUCUGAAUUAGAUUGUAGUGAUAAACCACUCAUGGUCACUACUCAUUAUUAACACAUAAAUUGCUAGUAAUUAUUCGAUAAUUAUCAUAUAUUAUAUUAUUGUUGUUUAUAUUGACAAUCUUUGACAAUAUAUCAAUCAUUACUAUAAAUUUUAUAUUUUAUUCAAAGUACUGUAUUUGCAAUUUGACUUAUUUUCCUUGCUUUAAAAUUUGUUUUAAAUAAAUUUAAUCAUGCAAAAAAGCUUUUUAUAGCACAGGUGGAAUAAAUUUAUAAUCAAAUAAAUAUAUAAUACGCACAAAUUACUCGUAACUAGUUCAAGCUAAUAGAAUUAAUAUGAAGUGUGUACCAAUAGAUAUGAACUAUAAAUUUUAUUAAUCAUGGCAAAUUUCUUUGACUUCACCGAGGAUUACCUUUCUGUGAAACACGCUCCAAUUUCCACACGUCACUAGUGUUCUAUUUCUUGAAAGUGUAACAAGAUCUAUUUUGACAAACCACCUAGAUUUUUCUGAUGGUUGCUAGCUCUUUCAUCUUAAUAUCGCUAUUUUCAAGUUCCUAUCUUGGUAAAUUUCAAAGUACUGAAUUGUUAUUCAAUUUUAGUUAUUAUAAUUUUUCUACAGUACCCAUACCUUCCAACCCUCCUGAUCUGGAGUCUCUUAAAUUUCCAUGCAAUCUCCAAGUCUCCUGAAUUUUCUAAAAAGCUCCCAAAUUUUCAGGAAAAAAAAGUCAAAAUACCAACAAAAACAAAACAGCUUUUAGUGGCUUUUGGUACCAAUAAUUGAGUAUUUCUGUGUUACUUUUUCCAGUGUGCACCAACUACAUCAAUGAUGUUAGCGUCCAAAGGCUUCCCUAGUAAUACUCGACAUUUCGAAAGAGCAGAGUGCAUCCAUUAAAAAAAACUUAUAUUUUCAGCAUUUCAGGGGGUGGGGGGAGGGCACUUUACCAGUGUCCAUCCAGUCUCCGAAAUUUUGUGUUCCAGCGGUUGGAAUGCCUGAGUACCUGCAAUGGUUUGGGGAAUUGUCAACAGCCUUAAAUGAAACUGUAGAGGGUGCUAUUUAUGUUUUAGUCACAAUCUUGAAAUGAUUUAACUUUUUUGAGAGGAUUGGAUUUUCUAAGUUAGGAACUACAGUAAAUAGAUAUAAUGCAGUUCAACUUAAUAAUAAUCAGUACAUUAGGUUCUUUUUCAGUAUUUUUAUAUCAUUUAGUGUACAUUUUUCUGUACUAUUCUGGUAACUAGCUACAUCAGUGUUAGAGACAAUCUUCAAAAUAUAAUCAGCUGCCAGGAACUGUAACUCAAUUAUGAUCAAAUUUUGCAUUGUAGGUUAAAUGACUGAUUACAAUUUUAUAUAUACCUACAUGUACAUAUUCCAAUUAUAUAUGCAUAUGUAUAUCAGUUAGUCUCUUUCUAUCCUGGAUUAUAAUUAUAUAAUAGAAUAUAAUUACUACAGUAUAUUAAAGAAUUAUUUCAUUAUUUGUUCCUAGAAGCAAAUCAUUUAUGUUCAAAAUUAGUAUGGCAGCUUAAAUUAAUGAUUAUAAUUAUAUACUAUUUAUGUUAUAUAAUUGUUAAAUUUUAAUUUGGAUUUACAUUAACCUAUCUUGUAUUUUGUUUUGUUUUUGGUUUUUUUUUUUUAUAUAUAAUAUACUGUAUAUAUGGUAAUAUACAUUGGGUAUCACAUCCCACCUCUUCAUAUUGUAUUUUCUGUUUUUACUACAUAACCUUUUCACUUGGGAUUCAAUACCAAUCAAAUUUCUUUACAUUAAUAUUCAUUUGUUUUUAUUUUUUACUAACAAAACAUACUAAACUCAUUUAAAUCCAUAUUACUUUAAACAUUCUUGUUCUUUUCUACUAAAUAUUGUACUUUAUAUAUGUACUCGUCAACUUUAGAUACAGUAUUUCAAAUCAUUUCCUGUAUGUACAUUUUCGUUUUUUUUUUUUGUACUUCUCUUAUCAUGUGUUUUAUCACUCCUUUAAAACUGUAUUUCUUUUAAUGUUAUUGUUCUUUCUGAUACUUACUAUUAAAAUAUUUUAAAGAUAUGGUAUAGUUUUUAUCAAAAUUUGUCUGUUUCAAUGUUUUGUUGAUGUUGGCAUGCAAUUCCAGAGCAAACCAUUCAAAAUAUUAGACAUACCUCAAAAUAUAUCAAAAUAUUGUUAGUUGAUAUAUUAUUUUAAUAUUGUGCUAAUCAAAUUUUGAUGCUAGAGCCAACCAUUUUAUUAUUCGACAUUACACAGAUCUAAAAAUAUAACAAAAUUGUAUAUUUGAAUGCUUUACUUUUAUCAGUAUGAGUAAACCAUAUGUUGUGUAUUAGACAAAUAUUUAUUCAAUGCGAGAGCAAACCAUUUUGCCUAAAAGUAUAAAACUGAAAAUGUAUCAAAAUUAUUAUUUUAAUAGUUUGUUGGACAUAAUAUUGAUGCAAGGGCAAUUACACUUUUUAAUCUAAAAUUUAAAAAGAACUAAAAUAUAUCAUAAUUGUUUAUUUAAAUACUUUCUUUAGUGUCAUGCAAAGAAUAGUAUUGAUGCAAUGUGUUAGUAUACCAUUUUGCCCAGAAGUAUAUAUAUCACCCUAUAUACAGCAUCAGAAUCGUCUAUUUGAAUACAGUACUUUCAUUAAUGUCAUUAAGUGCUGGAUUUAAAGAAACAAACCUACGAUAUGAAAAUAGACGUGGGCAUUGCUGAUCAACAUUAACCUGCCAUUAGCACUGCUGCUUGAACUUCGGUCAACGGUAAUUAAUGUUAACAAAACAUUUAUGAAUUAAAUGAUGCCUCCCAAAGUAAUAGAAGUGAGAUAGGCCUACAGCAUUACAGGUCUCCCUCUAUAGUAAAAACCCCUCCAAUUACGUGGUCUUUAAUUGGAGGGAGACCUUUAUUUUUAACUGUGACAAACUUUGUCUCGGGCUUAUAUUUUAUUUUGUGUUUAUAUUUUAUUUUUAUAAUCAUUUAUUCGAGUAAUUGAUUAUUAAAGGGAUUUAACUUUAAUCGCACUAUAUAUCAGCCAUUUGAUUUGCAUAUCAUGCAUUAAUGAAAUAUUUAAGAAGGUGCUUUGUGAUUUUUAUUAAAGAAUUUGUGCUAUUAUUUUAUGGUGUAAAUGGAGAUAUUAUUGUAAUUAUGAUGUCAUAAGGCAUACCUCUGACCCUGAACUGUAAGUUCAUUGGUAUGCAAAACUAAGAUAAAUAAAAUUAAUAAAACAAGGAUAAAAAUAAAAGACAA